GGGCAUCCGAGAGCCGUGGGUCCUGCCCCGCCCCUGCACGGCCAGGUCGCCCCGCCCUGCCCCACGGGCCCCAACGCCCGGCCACUGCCCGCCGCCCGUCGGCCCUUCCGCCUCACUCAGCCGCGCCGUGGAGCCGGACGGGCACUGGCCAUGGAUCGGACAGCGGGCAAGGACCUCGCCCUGGCGCCGCUGCAGGACUGGGGCGAGGAGACCGAGGAAGGAGCGGUGUUCAGCGUGUCCUUACGUCGGCAGCUCAGUCAGCGCUCGAGCCCAAGGGAAGGGCCUGGGGGCAGCCAGGCCUCCAGCCCCGCUGUGGACGCCUUCCUCCAUUACCGCACGAGCAAGGUGCGGGCGCUGAGGGCCGCGAGGCUGGAGCGGCUGGUGGGGGAAUUGGUGUCUGGAGACCACGAGCAGGACCCGGGCUUCGUGCCUGCCUUCCUGGCCACCCACAGGGCCUUUGUAUCCACUGCCCGUGUGCUGGGCCUUCUCCUGCCACCACCGCCACCACCCCUGCCUCCAGGGACAGAGAUCAAGGAGACAGAGGCAGGAGGUCUGCCCGUCAACAAGAACUUAAGGGCUGUGGUGUCCGUGCUGGGCUCCUGGCUGCGGGAUCACCCUCAGGAUUUCCGGGCUCCCCCUGCCCACUCGGACCUAGGCAGCGUCUGCACCUUUCUGGGCUGGGCGGCCCCAGCAGGGCCCGAGGCCUGGGAGGCAGAGAAGCUACUGGGAGAUUUCCUGGAAGAGGACGAGCGAAAGCAGGAAGACGAGGAGCAGCCUGAGGCGUGGACAGUACCUCCUGGAGCUACCCAGACCCCACGCCCAGACUCCCCAGAAGGCUGCUGGGAAGAGGAGGAAGCAGUGGCGCGGGAAGGCCCUGAGCUCCUAGACUUCAGUGUAGACGAAGUGGCCGAGCAGCUGACCCUGAUGGAUGUGGAGCUCUUUUCUCGGGUGCGGCCCUGCGAGUGCCUGGGCUCCGUGUGGUCACAGCGAGACCGUCCAGGGGCCGCAGGUACUGCCCCCACUGUGCGAGCCACUGUGACCCAGUUCAACAUGGUGAUCGGUUGCGUGCUGGGCUCCGUGCUCGGAGCGCAGGGCCUGGCCGCCCCACAGAGGGCGCAGCGGCUGGAGAAGUGGAUCCGCAUCGCCCAGCGCUGCCGCGAACUGAGGAACUUCUCCUCCCUGCGCGCCAUACUGUCAGCCCUGCAGUCUAACCCCAUCUACCGCCUCAAGCGGAGCUGGGGCGCCGUUAGCCGGGAACGGUUAUCCACUUUCAGAAAACUCUCGCAGAUUUUCUCCGAUGAGAACAACCACCUCAGCAGUAGAGAAAUUCUUUCCCAGGAGGAGGCCACCGAGGGCCCCCAAGAGGAGGACCCCCUCCCAGGAAGCCCGCCCCCAAAACUGCCCCCAGGCCCUGUCCCUUACCUUGGCACCUUUCUCACGGACCUGGUUAUGCUGGACACAGCCCUGCCGGACAUGCUGGAGGGGGAUCUCAUCAACUUUGAGAAGAGGAGGAAGGAGUGGGAGAUCCUGGCCCACAUCCAGCAGCUGCAGAAGCGCUGUCGGAACUACUGCCUGAGUCCCCGCCCACCCAUCCUGGUGGCCCUGCGUGCCCAGCGCCAGCUCAGCGAGGAGCAGAGCUACCAUGUCUCCCGUGUCAUUGAGCCGCCAGCUGCCUCCUGCCCCAGCUCCCCACGCAUCCGACGGCGCCUCAGCCUCACCAAGCGCCUCAGUGCAAAGCUGUCCCGAGAGAAGGGCUCAUCCCCUGGUGGGAGUCCUGGGGACCCCUCGUCCCCCACCUCCAGUCUUUCCCCAGGGUCCCCACCAUCUAGUCCUAGAACCAGAGACCCUCCUCCUGGCAGUCCCCCGGCCUCUCCAGGGCCCCAGAGCCCCACCACCAAGCUGCCCCUGAGCCCAGACCUGGCAGGCCCCCGGCCCUUGUCUUUGCCUCUGAGCAGCUCUCACAUCUCCUUACCGGGGCAGCAGGGAUCAGAGGCUCGAGUCAUCCGCGUCAGCAUUGACAAUGACCACGGGAACCUGUAUCGGAGCAUCUUGCUCACCAGUCAGGACAAGGCCCCCAGCGUGGUGCAGCGAGCCCUGCAAAAGCACAAUGUGGCCGAGCCCUGGGCCCGUGACUACCAGCUUUUCCAAGUCCUUCCGGGGGACAGGGAGCUGCCGAUUCCUGACAACGCCAAUGUCUUCUAUGCAAUGAGUCCAGCCGCCCCUAGAGACUUUGUGCUGCGGCGGAAGGACGGGGCCCGGCACACAGCUACCAUCUCCUCGACCUGAGGGGGCCCUUUUCUCCCUCUAGGGGCCUGGUCCCUGCCACCAUGGAUGUGGGGAGAGGCCUCCUCUCCCAGAAAAGUCCCAUUCCCCAAUAAAGCCAUUGUGCUCUGUACCGUGUGACCCCCACCCCCCAUGCCCAACUCCAUCAAAUGCCAUCUCUCUGACACUCCUGGUACUUGAUUCUUAUUCCAAAGCCAUCAGCCCAUGAGUGGCCGGAUGAAGAGUUUCAUCCCAUAAACAUAGAAGGCAGGUGGGGCACGGAUGGGGGCAGGGGGGUCAGACCUUUCCCCAGAGAAAUCGGACAACCGGGGGGGACGGAAGUGGAUGAAAACAGUGCCCAAGGUUAUGAAACAGGAGAUGGGUCUUGUCUGUUCUGUGCCUCGUGUUCUCUCUUGAUCAAGAUCAAAAUUAAAAAACAAAAACUGAAAAAAACCCCAACGGCCUCAUGAAAGGGUCUGGGCGAGACAUGAUCGGAUGCCGGAGGGGGAGGGGCUGUCACACACGCAGGGGGCGGGACUCCCCAACAUUUAGGGGGGCGAUACGCUGCUUUUCCGCCAUGGGUGUGGGAGACUGAAGAAGUCAAGUUCCACUGGCAUCUGAGACAAACAACAUCAUCACCCUUAAGUCAAUGGGGUGUGAGGAUGAGAGGGGUACCCUGUCUCUCUGUGCUGGGGUAGGAAGAAGAAACAGAACAGGUAGAGAUAAAGGGACCCAUAAGGCCACCUGCAACACAGUCGUAACAACAGAAACAACUACAUUCAUUUUUUUGUAAGUUUAUUUAUUUAUUUAGAGAGUGUGUGGUGGGGACGGGCAGAGAGAGAGAGAGAGAGAGAGGGAGAGAGAGAAUCCCAAGCAGGCUCUGUGCUGAGUGCGAUGCGGGGCUCGGAACCUGACUCGGGGCUUGAACUCAUGAACUGCAGGAUCAUGUCCCGGAGCCGAAGUUGGACGCUUAACCGACUGAGCCACCCAGGUGCCCGCCACAACCGCAUUCUUAGCAAUAGUGUGUUCACGUAGGAACUUCUACUCCAUGCUGUACAUCAACUAGGGGCUUUAUAUAUCUCACUGUUAAUCAGGGUUCUUUGUGCUUCGAGUGUUCAGAAACCCAAUUCAAACAGACAUGCAAAACGGGAAACGAAUGGCUCGUGUAUUCGAAAAGUUCAGUUGAGUCCAGCGUCAGUCACCGUUGGAUCCAGGGAUUCCAAACAUAUCAGGAUUUUGUUGUGGUCUUUGGGCUCUGAUUUGCUGAGGGGACUGUACCCUCCCCCCCCCCCCCCCCCCCCGCCAAAUCUAGCCACCAUCUGUGGGAAUAGAGCAACCACUGAUUUUUAGCUGGCCACCCAGAGUAGAAAACACAUUUCCAGUCUCCCUUGCAGCAAAGUGUGGUCAUGUGACUAAGUCUUGACCAAUGGGAUGUGAGCAAAUUUUAGUCCGGGUUUAAGGCCUGUGUCCUCCCCUUCCCUCUUUUCUAACCCCCCCCCCCCCCCCCCCCCGCCCCGCACUGGUUAGAAUGAAGCAGUGGAGUGGAUCAUCUUGGAUUGAGGGGGGUUCAUGUUCUUUGAAUAACUGAGCAACAAACUUGAAAGUGCCUGGCCCUCUUAGACCAGGGUGCAGCCAUAUUGUGCCGCUACUUGGAUUGUUCCAUAGAGAGAAAUAGAUGUAUAUCUUACUUAAGCCACUAUUAUUUGGGUCUGUUACAGUAGCCAAAAUAGCAUCUAAUUAAUAUAGCCCCACUGCAAGGCAGGCUCACACCUUCCCAUGCAAGGAGAGCCCCUCCCUUCCAUCAGGUCAAGCAAAAGUCCCAGAACAGAUGCCCAUUGGACCAACUCAUGUCACGUGGCCACCCCUGCACCAAUCACUGUGCUCAGAGAAAUGUUAAUAGGCAGAUUGUCCAGGUCUGGGUCCUGUGCCCAUGCUUUGAGCCAGAAGAGCAACUUCAGAUCACAAAGACUAGAGCCUGGAAGGGCGCAUACAUGGAAAUUACAUUUGAGUACUGUUACUAGGGGAAGGGUGGCUCAGUAGAUUAAGCAUCAGACUCUUGAUUUUGGCUCAGAUCAUGAAUGUAUGGUUCGUGAGUUCGAGCCCUGGGUCGGGCUGUCUGCUGUCAGGGGCAAGCCCACUUUGGAUCCUCUGCUUUGUCUCCUUCACUCUCUGCCCCGCCUUCCCUCUCUCUCUCUCAAAAAUAAAAUAAAAUAAAUAAACAACAACAACAACAAAAAGGAGAACCUAAGCAUCACGUACCAUCUGGGAAAAGACCAAUUACAGAACAGAACAUGCUAUUUUGCAGGCUUUUGUUGUUGUGGCUAUGAAUAUUAAGACCAUAGGACCAGUCAGACGUAAGUAACAGUAUCCUUCUUGAAAUAGCUUAAGCAAAUAAUAAUUGCUACGUAAUGUAAUAUGUCAGUUAUAUUUCAAUAAAAUAACUUAUUUUUACUGAGGGCUUACUAUGUACUGUCCUAAGAACUUUACCUAAUUGAUCUCACUAAAUCCUGAUACUAGCUUUAUGGAAUAGCAUACAUUCCAUAUGUCUAUUUUAUACAUGAAGAACUGAGCCUAGUGAGGAUUAAGUAAUUUAUCCAAGGUGGCAAGGUUGGGGCUCAAACCUGAAUGAUGUGUGAUGUGCCAGAACACAUGCCCUCCCUUAAACACUGGGUUACUGGGGCGCCUGUGUGGCUCGGUCGGUUAAGCAUCCGACUUCGGCUCAGGUCAUGAUCUCACGGUCCGUGAGUUCGAGCCCCGCGUCGGGCUCUGUGCUGACAGCUCAGGAGCCUGUUUCCGAUUCUGUGUCUCCCUCUCUCUCUGCCCCUCGCCUGUUCAUGCUCUGUCUCUCUCUGUCUCAAAAAUAAAUAAACGUUAAAAAAACUUUUUU